UGAACUAAAAAAAGGCCAAAGAACACUAAGACUUCCAACCCAAAGGAAACCUGGAAACAGAAUCACACCUGGAUCUGGAUGAACCAGGAUCACUGACGUGUCGCCACAUCACCUGCGUCCUUCCCUGAUGGCCGGAUCGUGGACGUCCAUCUGUCGCCACAUCUCAUAUGCCAACACCCCGACGACGAGUGACAGCAACAUCGAUGGACGCCGUAUAAAUUGGCAGGACCGCACGCAACGCCAAUGCAGCCACCAAGAGUCCCAAGACAACACCGAUAAGCAGCGGAAAGUAUCUCCUGUCCUCCUCCUCCUUCCAUGGCGGCCAUUACCAACUGCUCCAUUGCACUCGUAACAUCAACCAACGGCCACUCCGCCGCAGCUUCACCCACGACCGCCGCCCUGCUGCUCCUCUCUCUGAUCAUCGCCUUCCUGGCAUACUUCCACUUGCCAUUCUGGGCCGUGCGGAAGGUCCCGGGCCCUCCGACGCGGUUUCCGCUGGGCCACCUCCACCUCCUGGCCCAGCACGGGCCGGACAUCCUCCGCGCCAUGGCCCAGGAGCACGGCCCCAUCUUCCGGUUCCACAUGGGCCGGCAGCCGCUGGUGAUGGCGGCGAGCGCGGAGCUGUGCAAGGAGGUCGGCAUCAAGCGGUUCAGGGACAUCCGCAACCGCAGCGCGCCGCCGCCGACGGCCGGCUCGCCGCUGCACCGGGACGCGCUCUUCCUCGCCAGGGACUCCGCCUGGGCCUCCAUGCGGAGCACCGUCGUGCCGCUCUACCAGCCGGCCCGCCUCGCCCAGCUCGUCCCCACCAUGCGGGCCUCCGUCGACGCGCUCGUGGACGCCGUGGACCAGGACCAGGGGAGCUAUGUGCCAUUCUCCCAGCUCUCGCUCCGCUUGGCCAUCGACAUCAUCGGGAAGACGGCCUUCGGGAUCGAGUUCGGCCUCCUCUCGAAGCAGGGCACUAAUGGCGACGACGAGGCGAGGGAGCUGUUGGGGGAGUACGAGAGGUCCAUGGAGUUCAUGAAGAUGGACCUGUCGAGCUCGCUGUCCACGAUCCUGGGGCUCUUCCUCCCCUGCCUCCAGACCCCCUGCAAGCGGCUGCUGCGGCGCGUGCCGGGGACGGCGGACCACAAGAUGGAGCAGAACGAGCGCCGCCUCUGCCGCCGCAUCGACGCCAUCAUCGCCGCCCGCCGACGCCGCAGCAGCUCGCCGGCCACGGCGCUGGACUUCAUCGCGGCGCUGCUGGAGGACAGCCGGGGACGCGUGGCGGCGCUGGAGGACCGGCACGUGCGCGCGCUGGCGUACGAGCACCUCAUCGCCGGCACCAAGACGACGGCCUUCACGCUCUCCUCCCUCGUCUACCUCGUCUCCUGCCACCGCCCCGUGGAGGAGAAGCUCCUGGCCGAGCUCGACGCCUUCGGCCCUCAAUCUCAAUCCCCUGACGCAGACGAGCUCCACACGAAAUUCCCGUACCUGGACCAAAUCAUCAAGGAAUCCAUGCGGUUCCACCUGGUGUCGCCGCUCAUCGCCAGGGAGACCUCGGAGGCGGUGGAGAUCGGGGGCUACUUGCUCCCGAAGGGCACUUGCGUGUGGCUGGCGCCGGGGGUGCUGGCCCGCGACGCGGCGCAGUUCCCGGACCCCGACGAGUUCCGGCCCGAGCGGUUCGCGGCGGACGGGGAAGAGGAGCGCGCGCGGCACCCCUACGCGCACAUCCCGUUCGGGAUCGGCCCUAGGGCGUGCGUGGGGCACAGGUUCGCGCUGCAGCAGGUGAAGCUCGCCGUGGUCGGGCUGUACCGCCAUUUUGUGUUUCGGCACUCGCCCGACAUGGAGUCGCCCGUGGAGUUCGACUUCGACCUCGUCCUUGGGUUCCGCCAUGGCGUCAAGCUCAGGGCCAUCAGGAGGACGAACGACUGAUUGCGCUUAAUUUGGCCCCAACCGCAUCUACUCCGUAUGUAAGAACAUGAUGUUUUCUUUUUGCGAGAAGUAAGAACAUGAUGUUAUAUGAUAGCUUUGGCGCGUGAUCGAGCUGAAUUCACACUGGUAUUAGCUAGAGCCAGAGGGAAAUGUGCCCAUGUGUACUGUAUUUUGACGGUCAAUAUGUAAUUCCCAUCAUGAUUAGCCUAGUUGUAAAAUUAAUAGUCUUGCUCCCGGAUGAACUCUGACAGACUGACCCUGUAGAAAUCUUUAAGCACUUACUGUUAUCAUAUCCCAAACAUGCCUUAACCUUU